AUGGCAGCUUUCUUAGACAAGGCGACAACUUCUUCUGCUCAAAACGAAGCCAAAGAAAUCAAGAACGAAGCUGCAGCCUCCACUGAAACGGCCAAGACAGAGCUCGUUGUUGGAGGAGCACCAAGCAGCACCGUGGCAAGCCGAGACCUUCUCGUAUCCACAGACAAUCAGCCUUUGUUAGCCUCUGGUGAGGGCGGGGUUGAGACAAGGACAAGAUGGAGCCAUCUAAAAGAUUGA